CAAACUACCAAUGUGGAUGAAACAGGAGCAACAACUCAUCAAUGCACGCUUAUUAUCUAUCUCAACUGAUGAAUCGUUUUCAUCAAGUUGGCGCAACGUUCAAGCACCCAAAGUUGAGGCUUUAGUUCUGAAUUUUCAAACAAGGAAUUACACCUUACCCGAGUUUCUGGAGAAAAUGGUUGAACUGAAGGUCAUAAUUAUCACUAAUUAUGGUUCUUCUUCAGCUGAAUUAAGCAAUUUUCAGCUACUUAAGUCUCUCUCCAAUCUAAAGAGAAUUAGAUUAGAGAAGUUUUCAAUUCAUUCCCUUUGCAAUGCCCCUAUACCAUUGAGAAGUGUGAAGAAAAUAUCCAUAUUUAUGUGUAAUAUUGGUCAAGCUUUCGGGAAUUCUACUAUACAGGUUUCAGAUUCAUUGCAAAGUCUAAUGGAGAUAAACAUUGACUAUUGCAAGGAUCUGGUAGAAUUGCCUACAUGGUUGUGUAAGGUUUCCUCCCUAAAAAAACUCAGCAUCACCAAUUGUCAUAAGUUGUCUGCAUUGCCUGAAGGAAUUGGAAAGUUGGUGAAUUUAGAAGUGCUAAGGUUUAGAUCUUGUAUCGAAUUGUCAGAGUUGCCAAAGUCAAUCAGAAGUCUCCAUAAGUUACACAUCCUUGACAUAUCUGAUUGCCUAAGCAUUAUCAAGUUGCCAAAACGCAUUGGUGAGUUGCAUAAUUUGAAAGAGCUACACAUGGAAAAGUGCUUGAAAUUGCAUAAGCAGUUGCCACCAUCAACUGUUCAUCUCAAGCAGUUGAAGCUUGUGGUAUGUGACGAAGAGAGGGCCAAAUUAUGGGAGCCAAUCAAGGAAAGUUUCUCUGGUUUAAACAUAAUGGUGGCUAAAGAAGAUAUCAACUUGAAUUGGCUUAAAAAAUAA